GUUCAGUGAAUGUCGGACUGAGAAACUAGAAUCGCUGCCGGAGAGAGAGAGAGAGAGAGAGAGAGAGAGAGAGGAGAGAGAGAUCGAGGGAUAGUAUGGAAGGAAGGAAAGUUACGGUCUCAGCUCUUCAGUUUGCUUGCACCGAUGACGUAUCUACAAACGUCGACAAAGCCGAAAGGCUGGUUAGAGCUGCUCAUGCAAAGGGUGCAAACAUAAUCCUUAUUCAGGAACUGUUUGAAGGCUAUUACUUUUGUCAAGCACAAAGAGAAGACUUUUUUAGUCGGGCUAAGCCUUACAAGGGUCAUCCUACCAUUCAAAGGAUGCAGAAACUUGCUGAAGAAUUGGGGGUCGUAAUUCCAGUUAGUUUCUUUGAACAGGCCAACAACGCUCACUACAAUUCGAUCGCCAUCAUUGAUGCAGAUGGUGCUGAUCUAGGACUUUAUAGAAAAUCUCAUAUUCCAGAUGGACCAGGGUACCAAGAAAAGUUUUACUUCAAUCCAGGCGAUACUGGUUUUAAGGUUUUUGAAACCAAAUUCGCAAAAAUAGGAGUCGCAAUUUGCUGGGAUCAGUGGUUUCCAGAAACUGCACGAUGUUUGGUGCUCCAAGGUGCAGAAAUAUUGUUCUACCCAACUGCUAUUGGAUCUGAGCCCCAAGACGAAGGUCUUGAUUCUCGUGAUCAUUGGAAGAGGGUGAUGCAAGGACAUGCUGGAGCUAAUGUUGUACCCUUAGUUGCAUCAAAUCGCAUAGGGAAAGAGGUAAUCGAGACAGAGCACGGGAAGACUCAGAUCUCAUUCUACGGGAACUCAUUUAUUGCGGGACCAACCGGAGAAAUUGUUACAUUGGCUGAUGACAAAGAGGAAUCAGUUCUCGUGGCUGAGUUUGAUCUUGAUAAGAUCAAAUCCAAGAGACAUAGCUGGGGUGUGUUUCGAGAUCGUCGUCCUGAUUUAUACAAGGCUAUUCUUACCCUAGAUGGCUCCAAAUCUUGAACAUGAAUCUAAUACCAUAAAAUUGUCUUUUUCCAAACAUAUUCUUAUCAAGAUCAACUUGAAAUUGCACUUUUUUUUUCUCUUUUCAUCAAUUAACAAUUACCUGUGAAAGAUAAUUCUGGCUUAUGAUGAGGGGUUUAUUUAUUGAAUUGUAGACAGUUUCUUGA